UGUCGGUUUUACCAUUUCAGUUUCACUCAGACCCGGUCUGAAAUCGCGCGUGUCCACACAGAUACUCGAGCCGCAGCUUCGUGCCUGAAUUAAAAGCGACAAUUUUCCACCCUGCAGCGCUUCGUCGUUGCUAUAUCACUUAACGAAACCGUGGGAUUAACAAUAAGUGAUUUUUGCAUUCCGCUGCUAUUGAAAUAACAUCCGACCGUGCUAGUGAAACGGUGUCACGUUUCAUCGACGACAGAAAUUGUUUAUCUUUCGGUCGCUACCAAUACCGGUGACGACGAAAGAAAGAGGCUGACAUACGGUAAACAUAAAUCAUAUCGAAACAUAAGGAAAAAUGGGAUACGGAACAGAAAUGGACAGCUGCGGUCGCUGUAUGAAAUAUUCCUUGUUCUUCGUGAACUUCGUGAUCUUCAUCGGUGGCCUCGUGAUAGCUGGUUUAGCGACGUGGGCUCUGUUGGAUAAAGUAUCAUGGAUAGGUGAACUAGUAGGGAACGAUUUGCUAACAGGCGCUAUUUACGUUCUACUGGCCGGUGGUAUCGUCGUCGCUAUAGUAUCGUUCUUUGGUUGUAUCGGUGCAUCCCGAGAAGUAAAAUGCAUGCUUCUCACGUACUUCAUCAUCGUGUUUCUUCUGUUCGUGACCAUGUUAAUUGGCGGAGUGCUCGCGUAUGUGUUCCGUGAAAAACUUGUGAACACACUCGAGAGGGAAAUGUCGAGUUCGAUGAGAACUUACGAUUCUCAUAAAGUAGUCAGAGAGGCCUGGGAUACGACGCAGUCGACGCUCCAUUGCUGUGGAGUAAAUGGCUGGAGGGAUUGGGGAAAUCUGGGACUCAACGUACCGCGGAGUUGCUGUCGCGAGAUUCAACCAGGCCAGCGAUUCAACUGCAACGCUGGAGCAGACACGGUGAAUCCUUCGAAUGCCUAUCUCGUCGGUUGCAUCAAUGGAACGCAGAUUUACAUGCAGAAGCACGCGACAAUCAUGGGUGGCGCUGGUAUUGCAGUCGCGUGCCUGAUGUUCUUUGGCAUGGUAUUCUCGUGCAUUCUCUUCAAGAUGAUAGAAUGACGAGAGAGUGAUGUGCUUUAAAAGACAACUUCGUUUUUCAUGACAAGCUAACGAAGAGAAAGAAGUGGAUGUCAGCCGUCCUCGAGCGACUCAUGAAUUCAUAAUCAACGUCAUCGUCAUUGAGUGUACCUAAGCUGAAGUACGAGAAUCAAAAUGCAUCUUCACGCGCAUCUUUCCAAUGUACAGUUCUCACCGUUGUUCCGUUUCUUCUUUCCUUUUUCUUUCCUUUAUUUCUUAUUUCUUUUGUUACAUUUAGUAUUAUGCUCGAUGUACCUUUGUUUUACGGUUGUUCUUUUGUAAUCUUUAAGAAUACGCCAAGUAUUCUAAGUUUAAUAUUAUACAUAGUGUACUGUAUAAAUAUAAUUCGUAUGGUAAAAUGCACUGUGUUCCUUACACGCGUAAUAAAUAUAAAACGUGUACAAACGUUCAUUAAAACCAA